GCUGCCAGGCACGCUGCCGCCGGCGGCCAGCCUCGGGCCCGACCCGCCGCUGCAGACCUGCCACACGCCCGACCCCAUGAUCAACGGGCUGUCGUUCAACGCGCUAGACUUCGAGCCGCUGCCGCACGUCUACACCAUCAGCAACCAGAGGGGCUUCAGUCCGCCGAUGCGAGAGAGAUCUCCGACGCAGGAGAUGAACGACUUCUUCUUCCCCAUGAAGCACCACGGCGCCGGCGCCGGAACCUUGUCGCCCAGCUCGUCUGGACAUCUUGUGCACCAGAACGCCCUAUCAGCAAACACCUACAGUUUCGGAAAUCAGUCGAGCCAGCAGCUGACUGGUCUGCUGCCGGCCGGAGGGCACCACACAGCCGAGCCCGCCGGCUCCCAGAUGUUCCCCAGCAUGUCCGUCAACGUCAGCAUGAACAUGAACAUCGGCGUGUCGUCCGGAUACCAGCUGCCGGACGAGUCCUUCGCGCACCAGCUGCCGUGGAGUGGCAGUCCGCCCCAGUACCCGUCCGGCAUGUUCAGCCCCCAGCCGCCCCUAGUCAGCCCUCUCUCCAUGUCGGCCAGUUCGUCGGCCGUGCCGUACAGCACGUCGGCCAGCUACGCCUUCACGGCCGACCUGCGGCCGGAGGCCAGCUGGACCCAUGCCGAGCGUAGCCAGCAGCUGGCCGCCUCCUUCCGCAGUCUGCGGCGCGUCGACGGCGCCAGCUACGGCUCCCACCUGGACGAGUCGCUGCUGUACGUCUGCAAGACCGAGUCGCCGGCGCUCGGCCAGCUCGACAAGACCAAUAUCUGCAGGGUAUGCGGUAAGGCCUACGCUCGACCCAGCACGCUCAAGACCCACAUGCGCACCCACAGCGGCGAGAGGCCCUACAAAUGCCAUGAGUGCAACAAGUCAUUCUCACAGGCGGCGAACCUGACGGCGCACGUGCGGACCCACUCUGGCGAGAAACCGUUCUGCUGUCCGAUCUGCGACAGACGCUUCAGCCAGUCCUCGUCCGUCACCACCCACAUGAGGACUCACUCUGGGGACAGGCCGUACAGAUGUCGCCUCUGCAAGAAGUCGUUUAGCGACUCGUCAACGCUCACCAAGCACAUGCGGAUACAUAGCGGCGAGAAGCCGUACCAGUGCCGCAUCUGCAUGCUGCGCUUCUCGCAGUCGGGCAACCUGAACCGGCACAUGCGCGUGCACGCGUCCAGCGUCUGUUGACGGCGAGGACGGGCCCUGUCACGCGUCGGCUCGCGGGUCGCGCCCUCCCACGCCCCGCACGGACUGACUGCCGGCCGACCUGGCAGCUCAGCGGCGGUGUAACCGCAUCGGGGGAGGGUCGGCGCGCUCCGACAGUAGCGAACGGCGACGGGCGGCCAUCUUCUGACAGGCGUCACCCGGCGGCUCGAUUUACCGCCGCGCGGCCGUCAACGACUG